UUCAAAAACAAGAAUGGAAUUUCUUUUGCCCCAGGUACUUUCAAAAUAAAGUAAUAACUAUAUUGCCGUGUGUAUAGUUUGCAUCUUUGAGUUAUUACUUAUUAUAUUAUAUUAGAAACAAAAGUUUAGGCACGUUGAGUAACAGUGUAGACAACUAAACAAUAAUUUUGACCUUAACUUGGGUAGGUAUUUUUUGAAAAACAAUUUAAUAAUAUUGAAUAAUGACUUCUAAAAGCGACGAAAAUACGACAGAAGAAUUGUGUGAUGAGGCUCUAAAUGUUGAGAAUGCAGUUGCAACACAUUUUGAAGACCAACCAACACCAACCACACAUUUGUCUUUUAAUUCUGAUCUUAAAUCUAUAAGUGACGAUAUUGCAGUGCAGUCGAUAGAAGAACACUCUGAUGAUAAUAUAAUAUCAAUUCAGAAUAAAGAAUGUGAUAAUGCAACAAAGGGUGGUGUUAAAAGUCAUGAUACCGCCGACACAGCUGAAAAAACCAUGGCCAUACUUGACACAUUAAUAAACCCUUCUGAUUCCAUUAACAAUGAAAUUUCAAAUACAAUAGAAGUUACAGAAGGUAAAGAUGAAACUGCAACAGAAAAACAAGUUUUAGAUGAUAAAACAUCACAACAAAAGCAGGACGAUAUUGCAAUGCAGUUGAAAGAAGAAUAUUCUGAUAAUAAUAUUAUAUCAAUUCAGAAUAAAGAAUGUGAUAAUGCAGCAAAGGGUGGUGUUGAAAGUCAUGAUACUUACACAACUGAAAAAACACAGUCUGAUCAGAGACAAGGCAGUAAAUCAGAAAUCAUACUUGACAAAUUAAUAAUCCCCUCUUCAGAUUCCAUCAACAAUAAAAUUUCUAAUACAAUAGAAGUUACAGAAGGUAAAGAUCAGACUGCAACAGAAAAACAAGUUUUAGAUGACAAAACAUCACAACAAAAGCAGGAUGAUAUUGCAAUGCAGUCGAAAGAAGAACACUCUGAUAAUAAUAUUAUAUCAAUUCAGAAUAAAGAAUGUGAAUAUGCAGCAAAGGGUGGUGUUGAAAGUCAUGAUAAUUACACAACUGAAAAAACACAGUCUGAUCAGAGACAAGGCAGUAAAUCAGACAUCAUACUUGACACAUUAAUAAACCCAUCUUCUAAUUCCAUCAACAAUAAAAUUUCAAAUACAAUAGAAGUUACAGACGGUAAAGAUGAAACUGCAACAGAAAAACAAGUUUUAGAUGACAAAACAUCACAACAAGAGCAGGACGAUAUUGCAAUGCAGUCGAAUGAAGACCACUCUGAUAAUAAUAUUAUAUUAAUUCAGAAUAAAGAAGGUGAUAAUGCAACAAAGAGUGGUGUUGAAAGUCAUGAUACUUACACAACUGAAAAAGCACAGUCCGAUCAGGGACAAGGCAGUAAAUCAGACAUCAUACUUGACACAUUAAUAAACCCAUUUUCUGAUUCCAUCAACAAUAAAAUUUCAAAUACAAUAGAAGUUACAAAAGGUAAAGAUGAAACUGCAAGAGAAAAACAAGUUUUAGAUGACAAAACAUCACAACAAGAGCACAAUGAGGUAUACAAUGAAAUGGAUGUGGAUGUAUUACCAAACACUAAACGAGAACAAAUUAUUGUAGGUAAAGCCAAUGAUGAUUCUGUUAAAGUUACUGAUGAUGCCGAUAAAAACCCUGAGUCAGAAUUGAAAAUGGAUGAUUAUGAUGAUAGUGAUAAUAUGACAAAACCAUCAAGUUAUACAGAAAAAGAUAAAGAAGAUAUUUUAGUUCCUUCAAAACCAGAAACUAGCAGUACUGAAACACCUGGCAUAGAGCUGGAAAGUAGUUUACAAUAUGAUAAUAAUGGGGAUGAUAAAUUUAAGCUUGUAUGGGAAGACGAUGAUGAUGAUGCUAGUCAAAAUAUUAGUGAAACAAUACAAAAAAAUGAUUCAAUGGAAGUGUUAGAACUUGAUAACACUAAUGCACAAAAAGAAAUCGAUAAAAGUCCUCUUGAUACAUCAAGCUCUUCAUUUUUGCCAACAAAAGCACAUGGAUUAAAUAAACCAGAUGUUAUGUUGGAAAUCCCAACUCAAGACUUUGAUGAAUUCAGUGAUGAUGAUGACGAUUUCGGUCAAGAACAAAUAGCCAGUCUUGUAAUGUCUCCAGAUGUGGAAACAGGUAAACUAGAAGAGAAAGACAAAAGCAGUAGACAGUCUGCUGAGAAGGAAUCUAAUAAAUCUAUAUCUAUGGAAACAGACAAUAAUGAUGAAUGCCAAAACAUUUUUUCCACUUUAGAGGGUGAUAAUGAACAACCUGAAAUAUCAAAUAAUCAACUAGAACAACAGGACCAACCAGAUACCUCCAAUGUUGAAGUAAAUAAUGAACCUAUUCCUAAAGAAAACACAUUACCAUCAUGUGAUGAUCAAGUUGAAAAUAAUACUAAAUACGAAAAUGGUUCUUCUGUUAUUUUAAAAGACAAAAGAGAAAAACAAUCUGAAAUUCAAGAAGAAACUGAUGGUAACCAAGAACUAUCAGAAAGUAAGUGUGAUGAUAUGGUAGAAAAAGAACCACAGCAAUCAGCAGCAACCUCAAGUGAAGACCAUACAUUAGACAACAUGCACCAAAAUCCAGAUGUAGAAGAAAUGUCAGAUAGUCUAGGUUUGCUAGCUGAAUCAUCAAGAGUAAUGGAUGAUGAUGAACAAGAAGAAGAGCCUGAUGAUGAUGGAGAUGGUGAUGAAGAGGAUGAUUCUGAUAUUGAUGAUGACAAUAGCAAUCAGGUGACAGCAGAAAAUUCAGAAGAUUCAAAUGCUCAAAAUGCAGAUGUUGAGAGUAAAGCAAAAGACGAUACACCUACUACUAGUGAUAAAGAAGCUUCAGAGGAUGGCAUGAAUUUUCCUGAUACUGUACCAGAUGCAGUUGAUAUUAACAUAGAUGAAAUUGUUGUUGAAGAGGAUAAUAUAGGAGAUAUACAAGUUGAGGAAACUGACUUAACAACAGCAGAUAAAUCGCAAAAUGCUGAAGAAGAUGCAGACAAUAAUGAACAAGAAACUGUAACAGAAGCAAUAGAAGAAAGCGUAGAUGUUCCAAUGGACAUUGAGACAGUAAAAUUAUCAGAUACAUCUGACACAGAAAUGGACAAUGAUAAGGAUGACACAAAUAUUGUAGAAAUAGUUACAAAUGAGACAGCCGUUGAUGAUAAUGAAGUAUAUGUUAUAAAUGAAAAUAUGGGUGAUGAAAUAGUGAGAACAGAAAUUAAUAAAAAUGUUGUAGAUUGUGUUUAUUUAGAAGCAACUUCUUCUGAUGAAGAAGUAUGCGAGGUGGACCAGGAAUCAGAAUCGACGACUGUGAAGAUGCCUGCUGACAUUGAUGUGAUCUCGUCAUCAGGUGGAGCUACCAGCGAAAUAGUGAUGAAAGAGACUGAAACUGUUAUCAGUGGACUCCCGAAACCGCCGCCGAUGAAACCGGCAAGAAUAAACACAUCUGAGGUGUCGAUAAAAACAACUCACAGCAAAAAGGAAACUAUAACACCACCUGAACUGCAGGAGGAGUCUUCAGGUCAAGUAGUUAACUUGGACUCUGAUGAUGAAGAACAGGAGAAACUAACGAUAACAGAAUCUACACCUUUAGAGGAAGGGAAGACCGUUGGUGGCAUAAAAUGUGUGAACAGGAAGUGUCCGCAUAACCCCUCAGCGCAAUACUCAAUAGCCGAUUCCCGAGUCAUAGCGUUUUUUGAAGGCGACAAAAAGAAACGCUCGUACGUUUGCGAGGACUGCUAUGAUAUUAUACACCAGAAAAAUCGGGAGCUCAUCACUGGUAUUCAGGAGUUCAAGCCAUUUAUGGAGUUUGACUUUGGUAACUACCAUGAGGAGCUGGUGGAAAUCUCCGACUCUGAGUCCGAGGAGGAAACUGAACCUAUUAAAGAUGGAGGAGACUUGAUAGGUGACAAAACUGCCAAGUUUUUGGAAGAUAAUUUGACGGACAUCUUCAACGAGGUUUGGUCAAAGUACAGGAUGGACGAGCGCCUGGACGAUACCGCAGCAGAGAUGCAAGAAGAAUUGAAACGGCUACAGAAGGAAAGCCUGGAGAUCGACGAGCUGUUCAAGCAGUGUCAGAUAGCUAACGACAAGCUGCGGACGGAGCUGUACGCGACGUUCGAGCCCGACAUACACGAGCUGCCACCCAUCAACAUCGAUGACGUCGCCGAAAAGACUGUAAUAACCGCAGAAAAAGAUGUCAAACCGGCACCUGCUCAAGAGAUGCCGUCUAAGCGUCCACGUCGCUCGACAGUGGGGUGGUUGGAGGGGCCGCCCUCGAAGAAAAAGGCAAUACCUAUGGGAUACACGCCUCUUUCGACUGUCGAUGCAGAGGUGCAGGCUGGUAAAGUUGAUGACGAUAACACGGACAUCGCGGUAGUGAAGUUGUCGCUGGAGUCUGCGCCGGCGGACUUACCGCCCAGCGGGCCGCUGACGCGCGCGCCGCUCCGCCCCGGCAUGGCGGUCUACGCCAAGAAGAAAGCCUCGUGGCUCCGGGCCGUUAUCUCGGAGAUAUUGCCCACUAAAAAUUCGUCGGAUCAGUUCACGAUGUGCCGCGUGAAGUUCGAACACAAGAACGUGGCGAACCCGCACUCCACCGUCAGCGGUCGCCACCUGGCGUACAGCACGCCCGCUGACACGAGGAUGAUCAUCGGUACCCGCGUUAUUGCCUUAUUCAAGGAUGCAGGAAUUAAGGAAUACUACUCGGCGGGCAUCGUUGCUGAGGUUCCCAAUCCAGUGAACAAUUAUAGGUACCUGAUAUUCUUCGACGACGGUUACGCGCAGUACGCGGCGCACCGCGAGACGCGCGUCGUCUGUCAGAGCUCGCCGCUAGUGUGGGAGGAGGUGCACGUGGACUCGCGCCAGUUCGUCAAGGACUACAUUACCAGCUACCCCGAGCGGCCCAUGGUGCGCCUCCACGCUGGACAGAACCUCAAGACUGAGUUUAAAGGAAAAUGGCUGUCCUGUGUGGUGGAAGCUGUGGACGCAUCGCUGGUGCGCGUGGCGUUCGUGGACGGGCGGCGCGAGUGGAUCUACCGCGGGUCGACGCGCCUCGCCCCGCUGUUCCUCGAGCUGCAGGCGGCCGAGCGCUCGCGGCCCCGUGCGGCCCCGCGCGCCAUGCCACGCCCCCUCGGUAAUAAGGGCAACAUGCCGUACGUCGAGUACACGAGGUCCAACGAACAGGCGAAGUCUGCGCAGAACGCAGAGGAAAUACGUCGUCAGCGGUCCGUAGCUAAGAAGUCGACAACGACGAGUCAGCCGACCCCCGCGCCCGCUACCAACCUCGAUGACGUCACUAGCCGUGUUGUCUUCUAUACGCCGAAGAACGCUGUGAGACCGCACAAGAUGGUGCCCCACAAGUGCGGACCGCAGUGCAAAAGAACUGACGUGCUUCAGCUCAAAGACUUGCGCACAUACAACCCGCUCGCUAAGCCCCUGCUCAGCGGAUGGGAGAGGCAGAUUGUACGCUGGCGCGGUCACAAGCAUGUGAUGUACGUGGGCGGGUGCGGGCGGCGGCUGCGCAACAUGGCGGAGCUGCACCGCUACCUGCGCGCCACACGCUCCGACAUGUCCGUCGACCUGUUCGACUUCUCGCCCAAUACCCACUGCCUUGCCGAGUUCGUGCUUAACCGCUGUAUCGUGUCUAAGAAGGACCUGUCAAACGGCAAAGAGAACGUGCCGGUCCCGUGUGUGAACUACUACGACCACAGCCUGCCGGAGUUCUACUCGUAUAACACGGAGCGCACGCCCACCGCCGGCGUGCCGCUCAACCUGGACCCCGAAUUCCUGUGCGGAUGCGACUGCGAGGACGAUUGCCAGGACAAGUCGAAGUGUGCGUGCUGGCAGCUGACGCUAGAGGGCGCCCGUACUAUCCAAAUGGAGGGUGACGUCGGCUACGUGUACAAGCGCCUGCCCAAGCCCCUCCCCACUGGCAUAUACGAGUGUAACUCCAGAUGCAAAUGCAAACACACAUGUCUCAAUCGAGUCGCGCAGCAUCCGCUCCAGCUUAAACUACAAGUAUUUAAGACUCUGAACAAAGGUUGGGGUAUCCGCGCACUAAACGACGUGCCCGAGGGAUCUUUCCUGUGCGUGUAUGCCGGCAACCUACUCACUGAUGCCACCGCCACACUGGACGGUUUGAACGAGGGCGACGAAUUCCUUGCGGAGUUGGACUACAUAGAGGUCGUGGAACAGAUGAAGGAAGGCUUCGAAGAGGAUAUACCCGAAGACGCUAAAGAACAAGAUAAAGAGGAGACAAGUGAGAGUAGUUCUGAAGAAGAAUCAUCGGAGGAGGAAAAGAAGUCGAAGGGAGAAGAUGACGAUGAUGUGGACUUCCAUCCCGGGUACAUCGGACCCGGACUCACGGACUUCACUAAAAGAUUACGAAAACGUGAUAAGAAAAACGCACGGGACAAAAUCGCUCGGGACCAAAACGCUAAACAAGAAAAUAAAGAAGACGACAAAAACCAGAAGAGCAAAACAGACAAGUCCGAGAAGAACGACGACUGCAUCACGAUCAGUGACGACGAAAGUCGGGAGCCAUCUUGUUUCACUGCUGCGGCGGGGAUGCGCGCCAACGAGUUUGUCUCCAAAUAUAAGUCUGUUCGUACGUUAUACGGUGAAGAUGAGGCGUGCUACAUCAUGGACGCUAAGGUUCAGGGCAACAUCGGCAGAUAUCUCAACCACUCGUGCACCCCGAACGUGUUCGUGCAGAACGUGUUCGUGGACACGCACGACCCGCGCUUCCCGUGGGUGGCGUUCUUCGCGCUGUCGCAUGUGCGCGCGGGCACCGAGCUCACGUGGAACUACAACUACGACGUCGGCUCCGUGCCCGGCAAGGUGCUCUACUGCCUGUGCGGCGCGCCCAACUGCAAGGGCCGCCUGCUAUAAGGUAUUCAAACAACUAUUAGUUUAAUGACCAUCUUGAUGUUUUAGCAUAAGUAAUAAA